AUGGCGGUGGCGAUGCUGCGCGACUGGUGCCGGUGGAUGGGCGUGAGCCCGCGUCGGGGCCUGCUGGUGGUGGGCAUCCCCGAGGAGUGCGAGGAUGCCGAGGUGCACGAGGCCCUGGAGGCUGCGCUGUGGCCGCUGGGCCGCUUCUCAGUGCUCGGCCGGGUGUUCCGCGAGGAGGAGAACGCCGCCGCGGCCCUGGUGGAGCUAGCGCAGGAUGUGGACCACGCGCAGGUGCCCCGUGAGAUCCAGGGCAGCGGGGGUCCGUGGCGCGUGGUGUGCGUGCCCCGCUGCUCUGGCGAGGAGGUUCUGGGCCGCGUGUUCCACUUCCUGGAGCAGCAGGGCCAGACGGUGGAGAGCGUGGCGGGCGCCCUGGGGCUGGGGCUGCGGCGCUUGCGUUGGCUGCGCUCGGUCACCCAGGCGGUCCAGCCCUGGGUGGAGACCGUGCGCUACCAGCCGCUGGGCAUCUUCUCCGGGCGCCAGGAGCCGGGCCCCGGCGAGGAGCCCUUCCAGGCCUGGCUGGACCACGCCAGCGACAUGCUGCAGGUGUGGCAGGCGGUCUCUGAGAGGGAAAGGCGGCGGCGGCUGCUCGAGGGCCUGCGCGGCACCGCCCUGCAGCUGGUGCACGGGCUCCUGGCCGAGAACCCCGCGCGUUCCGCGCAGGAGUGCCUGGACGCCCUGGUCCAGGUGUUUGGGGAUACCGACUCCGAGGCGGCCACGCGGCUGAGGUGUCUGACGGCUCAGCAGAGGCGGGGCGAGCGCUUGUCGGCCUUCGUGCUGCGGCUCGAGGUCCUGCUGCAGAAAGCCAUGGAGAAGGGGGCCCUGGCCAGAGCCUCGGUCGACCACUUGCGCCUGAGGCAGGUGCUCACCAAGGCCACUCUCAUCGAGCCUCUGGACGAGGCGCUGCGCAAGCUCAGAUUGGUCGGGAGGGCGCCCAGUUUCCUGGAGAUGCUGGGACUGGUCCGCGAGUCCGAGUCGUGGGAGGCCACUCUAUUCAGGAAUGAGAGGGCCCAGGUAGAGGAAGGGGCUGGGGCUGGGGCUGGGGGGCUGGCGGAGGCCAGGGCCAACCACGGGGCAGAAGGUGACAAGGCGGCUGUGAUGGUGGCAGGGGAGGGCAGUGGCCAGGCCUCUGCCCCUGUCCUUGCCGCUGCUAGCACAGGGCAGGCGGGCUCUGCAGAGGCGCUCCGGGCCGGGGUGGGCAGUUCCCCAGCCCAGGUGGGCAGCGCUCCUGGGGCCGGCCCGGGAGGCUCAGGCUGUGGGCCCGAGGGCCUCGCCCAGGCAGGAGAACCGGAAGCCAUGGAGGCGGAGGAGGCCGCGGAGCCCCACAACGACGACGACGAGGAGCGGCUCCAGCCCAUCCUGGAGGAGUCUGAGAACGAGGGCGAGGCAGGCGAGCUGAGCCUGCCCGAGUCCUUCGAGUCCACCUCAGACCACCCUUCUGAGGGGCCCCAUCCCAUCGCGGCCCCACCACGCAGUGCCACCACGCCUGCUUGCCCAGGGGCACCCAGACCAGGGCCACCUGGAGACACGGCCUCCAUGCCCCCUUCCCUCUUCGUCGUCGUCCACUGGACCCCAGCCCAGCCCCGGAAGACGGCGGACACGGGAGUGACCACCCUCACCCUUAGCGCUACCUACCGCCUGAAGGAAGAAGGAUGGACCUGGAGGGCUGAGGGGGUCCACGAAGGGACUGUGCUUGAAACUCCACCCCUGCUGCUGUUGGCGACUCCGUUUCCUUGA